GUGACGUAGCUUGUCGAGCACGGCGCUGCUGGAGCCGACAGAGUUCAGAUAAGACUUCUGGUUGACCUUGCUACCGAGCCCUGACCACAAAGAAGACGCUGCCCAGGGUAGAUAUGACAACCCCAAGUUUACCUGCUAUGCCGCAGUUGUCAGUGCCUCAGAUGCCCGCCUUGCCCAGCCCGGGAUUCAGGUUAUCGAAAGAGCAUUUUGUGGUAGCGGUGCCAGUCGCAGUGGUUGCAGCUGUCGGAGGCUUCCUAGUCAGCCAUUACCUGAGUGGGCGGAGCUGUAAAAAGGGCCAGGUGAACACGUCCAUCAGCAAAGACAGUCCCAAAGUGGUCCACAGCUUCGACAUGGAAGACAUUGGCACCAAGGCUGUCUACUGCCGCUGCUGGAAGUCAAAGAAGUUCCCGUACUGUGAUGGAGCCCACACCAAACACAACGAGGAGACCGGGGACAACGUCGGACCUCUCAUCAUCAAAAAGAAGGACGCUUAAGCCAACCGAUCACACAGCUCCACCCCUCCCUUGACUCCUCAUGCACCCGCCUGCCCCAGUUAAUCUAAUUGUUUACUAUCAUCAUUAACGGUGUCACAGUGAUGGUUACGGUACAACACUGCUACAGUCAAACGGUGGAUAUUCUUCAUAGCCCAUAAUAGAGAUUCAGAAAGUGCUGAAAAUAUUAUACAUUUUGAUAUCAGGCAUUCCACACUGUUCCCGCAUUACACGACAUGAUUUUGAAAUCAAAGGUCAUUUGAGGAUAGAUAAGGAAGGGACUUUGACAAUCAGCAGAGUCAGACAUGGAGGUUAUUGAGCCUGUGCAGAUGCAUUUUGACAUAUGUAACAAGAAGGAUUCAGUUAAAAUUCUCACCACAUCUGAUUUAAAUAAAAUAUUUCACUGCGUGGGAAUUGUACCUGGUGUCACCUAUGUCCCUUUUCUUUUCGACUCCUCCAGGUGUGGAGCAGGUGGAUGAAACAUAAUGAACUGACAGCUCUUUGCCUCAGUAUUUAUUGGUAUUCAGCACAGGCCUUAUAUUUUAAUCUACAGCCCUAGUCUUAACACACACACACACACAACCCACAUGAAUGUUACAUGUUUUGAUUUUUGCACUAAGAGCUGCUUAGUCAGAUGAAACAGAAGCUUAGUUUGUCUUAAAUGAUUCUAAUAACCAUAAUCUCCAAUCUUGAGAGCUGUUGAAACACUAUCUGCUGUUUGUAACCAGUUACUGUCUGCUGUCUAAGGAAACUGAUGUAUUUAAUCUGUAAAGUGUUCAAAAGUAAAACCUCUGCUUAUAAAGGAUAUAUUUUGCUUUUUCAUCAGAUUUAUUUUCUACUGGCUGUGGUGUGUCUGACUUGAUGAUUUAUUGUUCUGUAUUCUGUGAAUAAAAGUUGUUGAGUAAUCUGA